GUCACCUUUGAACAUCAACGUCAUCCUCAGCGGCACUGCGUUGGAGCUGACCUGCGAUGCCUACACCAGAUCGGAGGCAGAUGGCCGUUACGUGCGGUCUGGUGACUUGAGCAGCCUGGACUCUCGCUAUUUUCCGGUCAAUGGGAAUAACGGCGGCGGAGGCAUCUUCCCCAUGGUCAUGGUCAUCACCACCUUGACGCCCAGGAUGAUCCGCGCCAUCCUGCCCAGGGCGCCCCUGAGCGGCGCCUUCAUCCUGGGCAACGCCGGCACGCUGGAGCUGAACUGCGACUGCUACAGCAAGAGCGAGAGCGAAAGCAGAUACUACACCAUCGGCCAGUCCAACGCCAACUUCGCAGACAUCGCCGUCGAGGCGGAUGUGGCCGCUCUGGACACUCGCGUCGCGGCCCUGGAGGCCAGCCCACUGCCGGCAGACAUCUCCGUCAACAGCGUCUCCGCCACGGGGGACUGGCUGUCCCUGGUGGGCGGCACUGCCGGCACCAGGAUCAGGGACAGCUCCAACGCCGAUCUGAUCAGCGUGACCAGCUCGGAGGCCUUCUUCGGAGUCCGAUCGCGGGUGGACUACCGCCUCACCAUCGACACCCCCGGCGGGCCCGACGAAGGGCUCUACACCGCGGCCGUGCGAGCCAGGAGCGGAGACACGCUGCUGACACUGACGGGCGGCACGGCGGGCCUGCGCGCAGAAGGCGCCCUGGAGCUCACCGGCAUUCUCACCGGCACGGAGGCCGUCUUCCCCACGACUGUCCACGCCCGAGCUGGCGUGGUGGGGGCCGUUCUCAAGAACACGGCUGGCACUGGCUUCGCCAGGCUGCAGUUGGACGCCAACGCUGCCUUGGGCUUUGCGCAGCUGGAGGUCGCCUCCACCGGCGGCUGCACCCUGAACGCACCGGGACAAGAGAUCUGGCUGCAGAACCGGGUCACGGGGCAGGCGCCCCUGAUCGUGGAGACCAACUCGGACGCCGACCUCGAGGCGCUGCAAGCCAUCUUCGACAGGGCUGAGCCGAAGAUCUACGACCGAAGCGACGCGGAGAUGACGGACCGCCGAGGCUUCUUGGCGCAGGACUUCCAAGGCAGCGGCGUCACCGGCACGACGAAGCGGGAGGGCCAGGAGCUGCUGACGCUGGAUUACAGCCGCCUCACGGCAGUUCUCUGGGGCGUCUGCAAGCGGCUUCAGAGCAGGGUCGAGGAGGCGGCCAUGGAGCUCUUUCGGCAGCUGGCCAACGACUUCAACGUGCGCGACCCUCGCAAGCUCUACCUGCUCGCCCGCCGGGAGUUCCCCGGACGGCCGGCCAUGACGCAGGCCAGGGCCAGGACGGCGCUGCAGGGAGACGUGGCCAGGCAGGUGCUGGCGCCGAAGCCCAGGAGCUUGGGCAAGAGCGUGGCGGAGGCCCAACGACAGGCUGCAGGCGGACUUGAUCGACUUCAGCAGAACACGAGGAGCCGCAACAAGUACGGCCUGGUGGUGACGGACGUGUUCACCAGGGAGGCGGUGACCAAGGCCCUGCCGAACAAGAGCGCGGAAGCGGUGGCCAGGGCUGCCGCAGAGGCCAUCCCGGAGCUGGUGCAGGAGGAAGGGAAUUACGUGGUGACGACGGACGAAGGGAGGGAGUUCAACCAACUGGAGCAGGCCCUGCCGCAGGCCGCGGUGCACCGGACCAAGCGGCCCGAGGACAGGAACGCCACCGCAGUCGUCGAUCGAACCAUCCAGACCUUGAAGAAGGGCCUCGCCGGCGAGGUCGCAAAGCGAGGCGGGCAGUGGGACCGGCACCUCGAGAACACCACCGAAGCCUACAACGCCAGGCCGCACGAGGCGGUGCACGCAGCACCGGAGGACGUCGAGACGCAGCCCGCCACGCAAUUCAGGGUGCUCCAGGACAACGCAGAGAAAUUCCAGCACAACAAAACACUCACGGAAGGCAGACAGGCCCGCUUGAAGGCCGCCGGAGCCUUCAGGGCGCCGACGAACGCCAGGCGCAGCUUCGAGCCCAGCUACGGCGCGGCCAAAGAGCUUGCAGGGUACGAUUCUACGGUUGUCAGGGGCACAGACGGCAGCGAGACGCUGCUCAAGCACGCGCUCCCAGUCCCGAGGGGCAGCGCAGAGCCGGCGGCGAGGCUGACAAGGGCUCCUGUGCCGCAGGCUGUGCGACAGCUGCAAGACUUCAAUCCAGGGCCUGCAGCGCCCGCCCGCUGA